AUGAGUGGAAACAAUUUCGAAAUACCGAUGGAGAUUCCUGCCCCAGAGACGCAAUUCGUGAAGUUUCUUCAGAGAGUUAAAUCAUUCAACAAACGCUUUAACAUCGUCCAAGUUGAGCUCAGUUUCCAACUAAGAUGUCCUACUACGAACACCUGUACGGAUUGGCUGAACAAGGCUUUCAACGAAGUUAUUGAAACUAUUCAAAAGGAAGGCGAUCAGGGAGACAAAGUAAUCCUUGAGAUAUUUCUUGAGGAGAACUCUCUAAAUAAACCCAUAUUUUUGGGUCUUCGCCCCCUGGCCUCUUUAUCAGCAGACGCUGUGUUUUCAGCUCUAGAGAAAGUGUAUCAAAGCACAAUAGUAUUCAAUAUAGCAGAUGUUCUAGGCGUUAAAGCUUAUCUGCUACCUCAAAUGGAAGGACGAGGAAGACACCAUAACCCAACCAGAAUGAAUCUGUCGGAGAUGAGGAAGUAUAAACAGAAGAGUAUUGUAGACAUCUCAGGACCAUCUAAUUGUUUACCAACCUCAAUUGUUGUUGGUAAGUGCCUUUUAAUAAAUAAUAAUGAAGAGCGAAAAAAACAAUUAGAUCGUCUUAAACGAUAUCCUACAGUUCUAAAAAAAGAAGUUCUUCAAUUAAUUAAAAAUGUAGGCGGGCCUGUUAGUGAAGAGGGUUCAUACGGGCUUGAUUUUGUCAAUAGAUUUGACAAAAAAUUUGGCAAUCAGUUUAGAAUAAAUAUUUAUGAUGACGCGGGAAAUUUUGAAAGCAUAGCAUAUAAAUCGCGGAGGACCCAGGAAAAUCAUAAAAAAGUUAUUAAUUUAUUUUAUAAUAAAGCAGAACGACAUUAUUUUUGUAUUAAAUCAGUCAAGGGAUUUUUUGGCUUUAACUAUCAAUGUGAUAUUUGCGACAGUUUAUACAAUAGGAGCCAUAUCUGUCCUGAGACGUGCAAAUACUGCACCAAUACCCCACCAUGUCCCUCUGUCAGGGAUAUGAUCCCCUGUAUUGCCUGUAAUCGAUCAUUCAGGGGUACUAAUUGUCUUCAACACCAUAUUGAUAAGGGGGUAUGCAACACUAGAAAAUUGUGCGAUCAAUGUUUUACCAUGUUUGAUCCCAAGACUCCACAUGAUUGUAAUUCACGAACUUGUGAUAUUUGCUUCAAAGUUUGCCCACUUCCACAUUUUUGCUAUAUGCAAGAAUUUAAGAAAAAACCUUCAACGGAAUAUACGCUAAUUUUCUAUGAUUUUGAGUCAGAGUUUGUAGAUAUUGGGAAUGGAUUUUCAAAACAUGUUCCGAAUCUCUGUAUAUCAUACACAGUAUGUCACAUGUGUGGUCAUUCUUUAGAUUCUAAUUGCCCUAAUUGUGCCCCCGUGGAACAUGUUUUUGAGAGCGAUAGCAACAGGUCAGCGGUGGAAAAAUUUGUAGACUAUGUACUUACCUUUAGGCCUAUGCCCACUGUUGCUAUCGCUCACAAUGCCAAAGGCUAUGAUGCGCAGUUCAUACUCGAAGAACUGUGUCAGAGGGAAGAGAAGAUCGAACCUAUUCUACAAGGUUGCAAAAUAUUGUAUGCGAAAGUUAAGGGAGUAACAUUUCUGGACUCCCUAUCCUUUAUUCCCUUCCCUCUGUCACAGUUCUCAAAGAGUUUUGGACUGCCCGAAUGCGAUAAGGGAUAUUAUCCGUAUAAAUUUAAUAUUACGGGAAACCGCUCUUAUAUUGGACCUUAUCCUCCAAUUGAUAUGUACCCAAUCGAAUCCAUGUCUUCGCAGCAAUAUGCCGAGUUUCUAGAAUGGUAUGAGCAAGUCAAAGAACUCCCCUUUGACAACCGUAAAGAGCUCAUCCAUUACUGUCGCCAGGAUGUUAAAAUUCUUAUGAAAGGAUGCCUCAAUUUCAUGUUCUCCUUUAUCGAAACCACAGGCCUAAAUCCUUUCUUGCAGGCUAUCACCAUAGCUGACGCUGUGAUGAAAGCCUACAGGAAAAAAUACCUUAUUCCCAACACCCUUGCCAUUACUCCGAAAAACAACUACAAUUCCAAUUUCCUUCAAAUGCAGAGCAAAAUUUCUUUGAAAUGGCUCGUGCAUAUGAAAGAAACUUCCAAUCCUAACAUAAAAUAUGAGGUAAAACUGCGCGGUUCUCGAUAUAUUGCAGAUGGAUAUGAUGAGGCCUCUAACACUGUGUAUAGUUUUGAGGGUUGUUUCUUCCAUGGACAUACAUGUUUUCUAAAUAGAGGACAUGCAUUCUCGAAGAGACCCAAUGAUAACAUGCAGAGUCGUUAUGAGGCUACUCUGAAACGAUUGGAUCACAUUCGACAAUUGGGGUAUAAUCUUGUUUCAAUUUGGGAGUGUGAAUUCCGUCGGAUGUUAGAAUCAGACCCUGUGCUUGCGGAGAGACUGAACAAUCAUCCUGAAGUUGUUGAUUCCGGAUUUGAUUUACGAUCAGCGGUUUACGGGGGCCGAACUGAGGUUUUCCGCACAUAUUACAAAUGUCGCCCCGGGGAUAAAAUUUAUUAUUACGACUUUACGUCACUCUACCCGUGGGCGAAUAAAUAUUCGAAGUAUUUCGUCGGGCACCCAAAAAUUAUCAAAGAUAUUCCAAGUCAGGAGGAAGUAUUAAGGCAUGAUGGUGUGGUGAAAUGCACCAUUCUCCCACCAAAAGGCUUAUACAUCCCCUGUCUUCCCUUCAGGUGCAAUAACCGACUCUUCUUCCCUCUCUGUCGUAAAUGUGCGGAAGAACUCAAUACUGAUCGAUGUCUCCAUUCAGACGAUGAGAGAUCCCUCACAGGAAUAUGGUCCAUUGAUGAAGUCCGUCUCGCUGUUGAUCAUGGCUACGUGAUCACCAAAUGCUUUGAAGUCUGGUCAUACAGAACUUCGCAAUAUAAUCGUGAGACGGGUGAACGUGGUCUUUUUGCCGAUUACGUCGAUAAUUUUCUCAAAAUUAAACAGGAAGCUAGUGGAUGGCCCUCGGGAGUUGAAUCCGAAUCCGAUAAAGAUAAUUAUAUCAGCGAAUUCUUUGAAAAUGAGGGGAUACAGCUUGAUAAAGACAACAUACGCGUUAACAAAGGCAUGCGUUCUCUUGCAAAAAUUAUGUUGAACAGUUUGUGGGGCAGAUUCAUAAUGCGGGAGAAUUUCACGAAAACUACAAUUUGUAAUUCUCCUGAGGAAUUGAAUGCACUUCUUUCAUCAGAAGCAAUUAAAAUUGUACAAUUCUACCCCGCAAGCGACAACCAAUUUAUUGUUUCAUGGAAGCACAUUCAUGAUUCUGAGCCUCCAUCGAAAUAUGUAAAUAUGGGUGUCGGAAUCUGCACCACAACCAAUGCAAGGAUCAAGUUGUAUUCCAUCUUAUCAAAGAUAGGACAUAAUAUUUUUUAUUGUGACACGGAUUCAGUCAUCUACGUAGUCCCUGCAGGGGAAGAGAAUCCUCUUUCCACUGGUAAAUUUUUGGGGGAAUUAACUGAUGAAUUGGCUGAUUUCGGUGAGGGAGCCUUCAUCGAAGAAUUCGUAAGCACAGGGCCAAAAGUCUAUGGCUUGAAAAUUUACUCCCCGUCUACAAACUCUUACUCUUAUAAAGUAGUGUGCAAGGGCAUAUCACAAAACAGGGAAGUAGCAAAAGAUAUAAAUUUUGAUAGUUUAAAAUCCUUGGUCCUCUGCGACGAUAAAGAAAUUAAAGUAACUUACCCAAACAAAAUUCAGCGUCAAAAACAUUUUAAAAUUGUAUCUGGACCCUCUUCAAAAACAACCCAAUUUACUUUCAUAAAAAGACGUUGCAUCGAGAAUAAUUACACUUUACCAUUCGGAUAUUAGGUUUUGAUUUUUAAUAAGAUUUACUUUUAUUAUUUUGUAAAUAGAUUAUCUUUCAUUAAAUAAUUUUUGUAUAUAUAUGUAGAAUAUGUUAUAAACUUUUUUGUCUAAUAAAUGAUUUAUAUAGAAAAUAAAUAUCUUUUAAUUUCCACUGAAUUGCAACGUUGGUGUUUUUCCAUUUUGAGAAGUUGAAGAAGUGAGGAAAAGACAGCAAAUAAUUUGAGAAUAAUUUUCUUUAUUUUAAAAUUAUAAAAUUACAAGUUUUCCUUAUCUAAUUUUGAGGAUGAAUUUAUUUUAUCAACAUAAAAACUUAUUUCGGUAAAUAAUCUGAAGUAAUUUAUCGGUGAACGAUUUUCUACAGGAGGUGUAAAUGAAGUAGCUUCAAGUUUAUUUACUCCUGCUAUUUUACAUGUUUGUAUAUAAUUCUCAAAAUACUGUUGAAUAUAAUUUUGAAUAGAAUGGUUAUAAAUCAAGGUAACAUUUAUGAAAUAUUUUAAGUUCAUAAGACAAUCAAAUUCUUUUUCGUUUAAGAGAAUUGUAUUUCCAUUUUGAGACAACAUUAUUGGCUUCAUAUUUUCAACUUGAAUAAAAUUAAAUUCCAAAUUUUCAAAUCUUGAGUUAAUAUAUCCAGCAUGCAUUAGGUCUGUUUCUCCAUUCUUCAGGAUAUCUCUGAUAUUCGCCUCACUCGAACACAGCAUAUUCCAUGACUUUUGGGUGAAGUAAACAGUGUCAGAUCCAAGCCAGUAGUUUGUUGCAGAAAUUUUCACUAUCGGUGUAAAUUCAUGUGUCCAGAAUCCAACAGUGACAAAAGUAGUAUUUAAGUCGUUUAGAAAGUAUGUGUAUCCAUUUAGAAUAGUCAUAUCAGACAGUAAUUUGGGUUCCUUUUCCAUAAAUGGUCCAAUGUCCAUGGAAAUUGGGUCUGCAGCUGAAUUAUGACCUGAAGUACCUUCUUCUACAUGUUCAGAUCUUUUAUUUUGAGAUUGUUUUGGUGGGAUCGCUUUUGCACUUUGUAUUUUAGUAACUUUUUUAUUCUUUUUAUUCUCCACAAUCUUUCCCAUUUUAGACUGUGUAUUACCCAUUACUUUACUCUUCGAAUUCUAAUGACAAACUGACAAAAGUCCUUAUUUGAUUUUAUUGAUAUACGUUUCUGAAGAGUUUUAGUAUUUUCCGAUCAUUUGCAUAUGUAUUUGUGCCGAAUAUUCGGAGAAAUUCGGACAUAGACUUUCCUUUUGAUCGAAAAUACGCAUACAUACAACAAUAUUGUCCACACACUGAAGAAAAAGCACCCUGAAGUUGUUUCUUAUUGUAAAUAAUUAUUUUAUGCGGGACAUGUUGUCUAAUAAAUCUUGCUAAAUAUUUAUUUCUCAGAAAACGGCCAUAUGAAUCAAAAAUUUCAACUGGAUUAUUAUCUGUAGGUAAAUAAAUCGCAAUCCAAUGUUUACCGGGAUGAUGCGAAGGGGCCGUGUUGACGAUUAUUAUAGAAGGAAAUUUGACAUUAUAUUUGGGAAGUUUGUCUAUAGGGUAAACUCCACCAAAAAUAUUUCUUGUAUGUCUGUUAUUAAGCAAUUUAGCCUUAAUUUGAAGGGUGUUCAUGGUUAAAUAAUUUAUUUUGCCAACAAUAGCACCUAUUUAUACUCAUUGUGAAAUUCGUCAAAUAAGAUUUUCAAAAUAUAGUGAAAUUGCACUCAUCAAUUAAAUUGCACACACAAGACAUUUUUUCAGUGCUGUUUCCUCCGUCUGAAGGAAUCAAAUUCUCGCGCUGAGCGAUAGCCACACACCUGCCCAUAGCGAGCGCGCGGAAAGGUCUCAUAUUGCAUUGCAUUUUUCCACACUUGGACACUGCGGAGGAAAAAGAUUAUGAAGAAUCUCACCUAAAAUUUCACUCACUGCAUAGGAAAGACCUCUGACAAAUCUUCUAUCAUGCCAGGAGUGGUAUAAUGGAUAAGGUAUUGGACUCGCAACCGAGAGGCCGCGUGAUCAAUUCCCAUGGAUGGCAGAUCUUUUCUCAUAUAAUUUAUAUAAGCAGAAAAAAAUUACAUGAGAAAGAGUCCACCAAAGUAAUUUCCGUUAAUUUAAAAUAUUCAAAAUGUCCAUCAAAAAGCGUAAUAUCAAAAAGUUUUAAAGUUCUAAAAAGUUCAAGAUGGCCGUCUCAAAGCUCACAAAAAGUUCAAUAUGGACUCUGAAACUAUUUACAUUCAAACUCUAAAACUCCGUGACGUCACUAACAGCAUUCUGCUCCAUAACAUCAUAGUGCUCAAUCACAUCAUAGUGCUCAAUCACAUCAUCGUGCUCAAUCACAUCAUCGUGCUCAAUCACAUCAUUGUGCUCCAUAUUCACUUAAAAUUUAAGUUAAAAAUCAAAAAUGUGAGGAGCGGGGAGGGGGGAGCGGGGGCGGGGGGGGGGGGCAGCGGAUUGGCCUGAUGGUAGCACAUCGACCAGAGCCCCCACCCCACCCUCUGUGACGUCGCCAACAUCAUCGUGCGCAAUCAUGACGUCAGCCACAUCAUUCUGCGCGCACGCCCAUUUGAAUCAGCGACUAUGCUAU